AUGGUCAUGAUGCUCUUAUCUGAUGGAUACAAAUUCUUUACUUUCGAGAUGCGCAAACGUUGUUAUUCAGAGGAAACUUGGAUAGUGGGUGCCAUUAUAGGCCACAGAGUUGCGGUAAAGGGCCCAAACUAUGAAGCUCGGCAGUCAUGCUCGCUUGGCAAGGUAGCAGGCAUGGUCGGGGCUGUACAAGAUCUUGCAGUAGAAUACAGAAAAGUUCAGUACAAGACCAAGGCGGAGAUCGCUUACUUUCGAGAUGAGAAUGUUGGACAAGAAAGAGGACUUGGAAAAAAGAACCUUGAAGUCACCAGCACCUCUCAGCAGUACAAACUGCUGAGGGUCAAUGAUGAUAUAGUUCCAUGCACAGAAAAUAUAGUUCGUCGCCCGCCCACUACUGCCGAGCUCAAUGGUCUGUACUGUCGAGGUUAUCCUCCUCAAUCUAUGCGGGUCUCUGAGUACGACGCUUCAUAUUGGGAUGAGUUCAAGUACAAGGAGACGUAUGAGACCGAGUAUUGGAGAAGUAUGAGUCGAGUACAAGUGGGGAGACGUAUCACAGACAGACCCUAUCUCUUCAUCAAGAGCGUUGUCGUGCUUCAAGUGCCAUUCCGAUCUGUCUGGCCUCCGCACAAGCAGCACCAUAUCGUCGACAUCGACACAUACCAAUGCAGCUUGGAGUGCUAUAUGCACGCGCUUGCGAACCUGCCUGCGAACAAGUCUUCUUCUCUUAGGGGACUGGUGACCCUUGCUUUUACUGCCAGCAAUGUUUCUCACUGGAACGACGGCCAGGGAUCGGAUCUUAUAUUUGUGGUGUCCACACAUCCAUAUGUUUCACUAGCGGAGCUCAUGGAUGCCCUGACAUUUGUCAGUGAUGUAAUGUUGCCUGAUAACAACGCAAAUCCUAAAGAAAUAGGGGUGGUGUUGGAACAACUACUCCCAUCUUUCAAAGCCAAACCCAUAAAAUAUGUUGUCAAGUGUCGGAUAUGUAGAUUCACUGUCAUCAUUGUGCUCCCUGGAGACAGUUCUCAAUGUCCCUCUCGCAAGAGGCAUGCUUGUGCCUCCUAUCUUCCGUGGGCCUUGGCGGCAUUUGUUAUGCGUGAUAUAUCCAAACCUGCAAAAGCACGGAGAGGCACCUUGUCCUGCUCCUAUGCAAUUGUGGACCUAAAUGUGAUCCUGCUAGAUGCGUGGGCUCUAGGUUAUCAAUCUGGCGCUGCGGUGGACCUAUGCGAUGGAGAGCACUGCAACGUAGCUAAGCCCAAACUCAUGAAAAGAGCCGAGGCAAUGACAUCAGAGAUUGGUCAUGAGUCUGCAGAAGAGGACUUCAAGAAGAUGUCAAAAUGCAAGGCCCUUGAAGAAGUUCCAAGCGGUUCUUCUCCACCAACCCCCAAGAGGCGCUCUUUGUCUCACUUGCCUGUAAUCGCCAAUCUAAUCAUACCGACACUUGGGACAGCGGAUUCAACGAUCCAGUCUCCACAUUGGCCCUUCCCGAAUGAGCUUGUCUUGAAUAUUUUGGAAAAGUUGCCAGCUCAGCAUCUGCAGUCUAUUGCACAGGUGUCUUGUUUCUCUUGGGAGCUAGUGGCACCUCUCUACUUUCGUUCUGUAGGCUUGCAGAUCAAUGACAAGUCCCUGCUUGUCAGCACCCAAGCCUGUCUCACCCUGCUCCUGUACAGGCGCACAACCUUUUUUCACACGCCGAAGUAUUUGCGAUGCAAUCUCCUUGACGCAGAUGAUCGUCACCUCAAGGCGCUCCUGGGUUUCUUGGAGUCAUUUGAAAGCACGCAAGUGUUCUUUGUCUCUAUCGUGAAAGAUGGUGAAAUGCUUGGAGAUUUUGUGCCUCUGUUUCAGUCCAUACAAGACUCAAGCUGCAGGAGUCUUCAGUUCUCAGAUUGGGAGAAAACAGAUACCCCUCUCAUUCCUUUACAUAGCUUACACGUUCUCGCUGGACCGCUGUGGUACCUCAUGUCUCUAUUACACAAAGUUUGUGCGCCUCUACACAUUCAAACACUCGAAUUGCACCUCGACGAGGAAUCUCUGGCAUCCGCUCCCAAUUACUUGUCUGCGAUCCUGGACAUUACUCAACAAUUCAUUGCUAUAGAUUGCCUGGGACUGAGCUUUUAUCACGGAUCGCUGAUUUCUGGAAGUUUUGACGUCCCAUUGGACGAGUAUCAAACUAUUUCUCUCUGCUGCAGUCCUUGGCUAGGAGUCUUCGACCAUGUUGAAGAAGUUUAUCUCAAGCCUGGAAACAUAACAUCAUCUGAGCGGCAGGAACUGGAGGAUGCUUUUUACCGCCCAGAGCAUCUCUACCAUUUGGAUAUCGGCAGUUAUUUCUGA